CCAAGUUCACCACAGCUGGUCGGCUGCUGUGUUGGGAAAGUUUGGAAGAGCACUCGCCGUGUCGUUGGAGGUUACGACGCUCUUUUUACACGAUCUGCUUUGUGAUUUGAUUUUGGUGGAAAUGAAGUGGAUUUAACUCAUAAUUUUGGACAUAUUCAAAAUAUAGUUUCAAUCGCGUUGUUUCUAUUUUAUUUGAAGUUUUCACGGCGCGCUGCAACCAAGACUCGCCCCGUCUGCGGGUUCCCGACCAUGACGACAACCUUUCCCGAUCGCUUUGAGUUUGGAAAUUAGCCAUUCAUCGCCCCCUUUCGCCCCCCCCCCCCAAAAAAAAGACGGUUUGAAUUAAAUGUAGGCCUAAAACGUGGAAGCGGGGGGCUUAUGAUGAACUUUGGUCCGCUGAGGGUCUGCUGAAGCAAACAAUGUCGGCAGUGGUUCGCACUCUUCGCCGUUGUCUGCUGCCGGCUGAGGCGAGCCGGGAAGCGGGCGGCAGCAAGGAGAACAGCCGGCGAAGGAACGCCGGCCAGGAACGUGAGGCUCGUCGGAGGAGCCGGGAGAUAGACGCCAUGCUUGCCCGGGAGAAGAGAGCCGUGAGUCGGCUCGUGAAAAUCCUGCUGCUCGGGGCCGGAGAGAGCGGGAAGUCGACUUUUCUCAAGCAGAUGCGCAUCAUUAACGGACAAGAGUUUGACAAGAAAGCACUGUUGGACUUCAGGGACACUAUUUAUGAAAACAUACUUAAGGGCAUGCGCGUAUUGGUGGACGCCCGUGACAAGCUUGGCAUCAGCUGGCAGAGCUGCGAGAACGAAAAAGAAGGCAUGCUGGUGAUGUCGUGGGAGAGACGGGCUGGCACCGUGGGCAUCGAGCCCGACGAGUUCCAGCUGUACGUGAUGGCACUGAGCGCGCUGUGGGCCGACGCCGGCAUCCAGCAGGCCUACGCCAGGCGCUCCGAGUUCCAGCUGAGUGAGUCAGUGAAAUACUUCCUGGAUAACUUGGAGCGCAUCGGUCAGCUGAGCUACAUCCCGAGCAAGCAGGACAUUCUCUUCGCCCGCAAGGCCACCAAAGGCAUCGUCGAGCACGACUUUGUCAUCAAGAAGAUUCCCUUCAAGAUGGUGGACGUGGGCGGGCAGAGAUCGCAGAGGCAGAAGUGGUUCCAGUGCUUCGACGGAAUCACCUCCAUCCUCUUCAUGGUGUCGUCUUCCGAGUACGACCAGGUCCUGAUGGAGGACCGCCGCACCAACCGCCUGGUGGAGAGCAUGAACAUCUUUGAGACCAUCGUCAACAACAAGCUCUUCCUUAACCUCUCCAUCAUCCUCUUCCUCAACAAGACCGACCUGCUGGUGGACAAGAUCCGGACCGUUGACAUCCGCAAGAACUUCCCCGAGUUCAGUGGAGACCCGUGCAGGCUGGAGGACGUGCAGGCGUUUCUGGUGCAGUCGUUCAGCCGAAAACGGAGAAACCGAGGCAAGCCGCUGUUCCACCACUUCACCACCGCCGUGGACACCGAAAACAUCCGCUUUGUCUUCCACGCCGUCAAGGAUACCAUCCUGCAAGAAAACCUCAAGGACAUCAUGCUGCAGUAACACUCAAAGCAUUCUUGACUCUUGGGGGCGGAGGCGAGGGGGAACCUGUGGAGGCCCGACGGGACCGGGCUGUUUUAACAGCGACUUGGAAAGGAAUCUAAUGGACCCGCUGAGUGGUUCGAACACAACCUGUGGAGCCGUGACCCAACCCAUCUGAUACAUUCCAACGCGUACAGUAUCAGUCAGCGUGUAUUGGAGUCACAUUCUUGCCUUUUGAACAUGGGAUUUGAACAAUACAAGCACUCAAAGUGCGUGUGUGUGUGUGUGUGUGUGUGUGUGUUUUUUUUUAAUAGAUCUCUAAAGGACUGCUGACAACACAGUCACUAAAUCAAGUCAGGAGAUGAAAUGGGAGGGUGGGGGGAGGGAGGGGGUCCGCAUGACCCAGGGUUGGUGCCAUUGAGGUCAUAUGCGGCGUUAUAUGAUGAGAUUGCUCAAGUGUCCUGUCAGUGAACUUGGAGCCAGAGAGGAGAUCAUGAUAUUGAUCUCGCGUCAGUGUGUCUUCUUGGAUUUGUUUAUUUGUUCAGUCACUCAUGCAUACUAGUGGGGCAAACUGUGUUUGUAGUACUAAAAGUGAAUUCAAAUUCUACCACUGAACAACUGGUGCUUCACUAGUAGUACUACAGCAGUUACAGUAAAUACUGCAGUUUUACCUCACUAGUAACAUGAAUUUGUCCUCCUGGUCUGCCGAAGUUGUUCUAUUAGUGUACAUAAAUGUCAAAAAGUUGUGGGGGGGGGGGCACACCUCACUAGUGAGUAAGGCCAAAUGAUUUUGAAAAAUACAGUAAUUAUUAUUAUUGUUAUUUUUUUAAAAGUCAUGUUGGGAUACUUUUACUCGAGUUUAAAAAAGACAAUUCAGAUGCUUUUUUUUUUUUCCUACGUCAUGCAUUUUGUUGAGGUAUCAGAUCGAGAGUUGGUACCGGUAGAUACUCUACAAAAAAAAAAAAAAAAGUGACUUUGAUCAAAACAUCUCGAAACCAGACUGCCGUACAACUCCCCAAAAUUUUAAGGGCAAAUUAAAACAUCGAACAGACACAUGUUCCUAAUAAAUAAUAAGAAAACAUUUCAGACGUUUUGUAUGGCCACUCAUAAGAAAAAGGACCCAACACCGCCUGCUCCAAAGAGUUAAUGAGCACUUCCAUAUGUUUUUAAUACAGUGCAGUGUUACAGCUGUCUAAUUUAUAUCUGUUUAGAAUUGAACCGAUGCCCCUUUGUUCCUGCUCAUAUUUCCUGUAUAUACAAGAGUGUUCAAAUGUCUGCCACUGUGUGUGUGUGUGUGUGUGUGUGUGUGUGU